AUGGAAUACGACGAAGAAGAAGAAAAGAUCUUAAAACAAGUGCUAAGUGCUUUCGUUUUAUAUCGGAAAUAUGGCCAUACCCUAAUUCAACAGAAACGAAAGUUGAUGUCUCAGCUUCCUUUUGAGCAUAAAGGUUUAUUGUUACAAGACAGUGAAAAUAAUUUUCUGAAACAUUUAUCUAGACUUGAUGAUUGUGUGAAGCGAAAUAGUGUCGUUGCAGAUGCAAUUGUCAAAGCAGGAAUACCCGUGUUUUAUCCAAAUUUUGACGUGAACAAUGUCCUUCAUGUGUCUAGUGAAAUGAUGCAAAAGGUUUCGGGCACAUUAAAACAACUUGCUCGUGAUUGGAGUGAAGAAUCCGCGAACGAAAGGCAGGCAACAUAUGUACCAAUUCUUCAAGAGUUGGAUUCUCUCUUUCCAUUGGGCUCGAUUGAUCGUUCACAAAUCCACAUUCUAGUUCCUGGAUCCGGUUUGGGACGCUUAGCCUUUGAUAUUGCCGCUCAAGGAUUUUCUUGCCAGGGAAAUGAAUUUUCUUAUUUCAUGUUACUAACUUCACACUAUAUGCUUAACUGUGUAUCUACAAUCAAUGAGUUUGUUAUUCAUCCCUAUAUACAUUCUUUUUCCAACCAUGUUACAAGAGAUAAUCAGGCAGCAGAAGUAGCUAUUCCCGACGUGGUGCCUUCCGAGUGCCUCAAUCAUGGAGCCUUCUUUUCGAUGGCCGCUGGUGAUUUUAUAGAAGUGUACGGAGACAAGUCGAGUGAAAAUAGAUUCCAAGUUGUUGUCACAUGUUUUUUCAUAGAUACUGCCAAAAAUAUCUUGAGUUACUUGGACGUUAUCAAAAACUGUUUGGUAGACGGAGGUUAUUGGAUUAAUGUUGGCCCAUUGCUCUAUCAUUUUGAAAACGACUGCGAUUCUCAGCAUGAAAAUCCAACCAUUGAAUUAACGUUGGAUCAACUCUUAUUUAUCAUGGAUUCAAUGGGCUUUGAAGUAUUAAAACAUGAUUCCACCGCCACUAAAUAUAUGGGAGACAAGCGAAGCAUGUUGGAAUGGAUCUAUCACCCGCAUUUUUGGGUGAGCCGCAUCCAAAAGGCAAACUUACAGCAAUUUUAG